AUGAGCAUUCCGUCUACCUUUGAUGGUGUGAAGUCACAUCUGGACCAGGUCCUCGAGAAUCCCUCCACAGCAUUGGAUAUUCCCCUCAUCGACAAGCUGAAGCUGCAACUCGUCGAGUCGACUGAUCCAGUGGUCCCUAUCACUCUUCUGUCGCAAAUUUCAACUCUGCUACCUGUUCUACAAGAAGAUCCUACACCUGUUACCACCCUGGCUACCAGAGCCACAGCAUAUUUCACCUUCACUAAUCUUCAAUCUAUCGAGCCCCCAAUCAACCUUAUCGCCGGCUUCAAGGCACCUUCGCCCCCCAUCAAUCUUCUUGCAUUGUCACUGCUGGCUAAAGCCGGCGAUACCUCUAGUGAAGCAGCUAUAGUUGCUGGAGACUCCACGUUGGUGGCUUCACUUGUGCAAUUAUGGCUUUGUACUGCUUCGACAGAAGUCGCACAAGCUGCGCUUGACACAUUAUGGAUGCUGUUGGAAGUAGAUGUCUCAAGUCGUCUCGAAAAUGGGGAGCAUGAUCACCCCGGUGAUAAAAGCCAUGCAGGCCACGGUCUGUUCUGGAGAAGGGUAUUCACCGACAGGGACAUCUAUGGACAACUUUUUGGAUUAUGCAGUCUCCAAAAGGAUGCCCCAGGUGACCUUUCGAAACGCGAGCGUACCAUUGCCCAGGGAAGAUUGAUGGCACUCCUGGCCAAGGCUGGAAAGUUGCGCUGGGACAUCAUAUCAACAUCCCAAGUUCCAGAAAUUGAAGUCAAAUACCAGAGCACCAGUCUACUACACUUUGCAACAACUCAGAUGGUCCAGACCAGUGAUAUAUUGAUGCACAUGACCCUUCUUACCUUUUUCCGCGACUUGCUGGAGAUAGAUGGCCCCGGUCUUGUUGCUCGAGGCCAUGUGCAAUCUACUUCGACAGUCACCUCACCUGCCCUCGAGUUCCUAAUUGCGCACGAGGUACACUUGCGAAUGUUGACUUACUAUCUUGAUGAGUCUAAACUGGAUUCCGUGGACCUGAUCUACCUGUCCGGUCCAAUCAUGGCAUAUGUGGCUCGGUACGCCGAGCUCUAUCCAAUUCACCUCCUGCAAAACCCAUCAUCCUUGCUUGAUGGAAUCAUCUCUCGCAUCAACAGAUCUCUCGCCAUCUCUGCCACACAAUGGGCGCAUGGAGAAGUUCCCACGGGCCAUCUGGCUAUCUUAGCUUCGCUCCCCCGAACUCUUCUCGUAGAAGCCGGCAAACACGGCGCCAACCCUGUUCUGGCAAUCCCCACCAACCCCGCAAACGCUGAAGCCUUGGAUGUUCUGGCCAAGAUCUUCCAUGGACCACUACGAGCCCAGAAAUCCGAAUCGAUGGACUUGAAUACCUCGGGUCAAACACCAACUGACUGGGACCAUGAAGCAGCCGCGGCACGCAUUCUGUACUUCCAAUAUCUCAACAAGCAUCCCAAUUUCUGGGACCACAUCGUGAGCACUGCUGAUGUUCUAGUGAUGAAAGACGUCGCUCUGUCAGCUAUCACGUUCAUGCGCGCCAUUGCGACUGCGGACUGGAAGUCUUUGAGUCCGGCGCCGCCUCAUCCUAAUGUAUCACGAUUCCAGCUCCCCUCUGAAGAGGAACUGGGCCAAUUGUCUCCUGCUGCUGGAGGCUUCCUACCCACGACUGGGGCGUGGGCAAUCCUCACGCCACCCGCACUCACCACUCUUCUCCCUUAUCUGUUCAAACCCCCCAAAACCUACGCCGAUUUCGUUGGUGGUGGAGCGGGCGAUGCCCAGAAUGUUGUAUGGAAGGUUGCGACUGCCAAACACGAUGUUCUCGUCGCAUUGCGGAAUCGAUUGCAAGACACAGGCGGUCAUGCAGAAGGAUUCGAAGAUAUUAUGCAGACUCUGCAGCAACGAGUGAACGACGGUCCAUGGGGUCCUGUUCAGAGCUCCGGUACUCAAGUUUUGACCACCGGGCUGUAA